AUGAUGGAAAUUAUGCGGCGGCCAAAUUAUGGCACGGUUGGUAGGGCGAUCGAAUUGAAGGCGAAUUUCAAAUUGCUGAAAAUGAAUACGCAGCGCCUUCCACUCUACCUCUAUGAUGUAAAAAUUACCCGGCCUACUGGGAAUGUCGUCGAAAACAGGGAUGUCUGUCGUGAAGUUUUUUGGGCUGUGGUAACGAACAACGAGCACGUUUUUGGCACGGGAUACACCUUGGUGUAUGACGAUCGCCACAUUCUGUUCUCGCUAAAUAAACUCAGUAAAGAGCCAGUUCUGGAGUUUCCAUGGCCAGAAGCUCGAGAAAGCCUCACGCCAACUCGGCCAAGAUAUUUGGUACGGAUUACACUGGCAAGUUUUUUCACGGUGAAUUUGGAUGAGAAAUCACUCGAUUUUUGCAACAGUUUGCAAUUCCUGAAUUGCUUGCUCACGCAACGAAUACGUUGUCCACCUUCGGAUGUCUGUCGUGAAGUUUUUUGGGCUGUGGUAACGAACAACGCGCAUGUUUUUGGCACGGGGUACACCUUGGUGUAUGACGAUCGCCACAUUCUGUUCUCGCUAAAUAAACUCAGCAAGGAGCCAGUUCUGGAGUUUCCAUGGCCAGAAGCUCGAGAAGACCUCACGAGGAAAAAAAAGGGCACCAUCGAACUUCUAAGUCUUUCCGGAAUCUUUGGAGGCCAGGUGCUGAUGGUCGGGAAAGCUAGUAGCCGAGUUUCGGGGCAUGAAGUUCUGCUGGAAGUCAGAAAGUUGCGCGCGGGAUAUGUGAACUGA